CAACAACUGGGCUUUACCUAUCGGCUGCCCCUUUUCCAUCCCUUUCACGGCCUUUGCCGUUCAGGCCUGACUCUCAUCCUCACCCUUCCUACUGUCUAUCUACAAUCAUGGCUACAGCGUCUGCAGGUCUCUCCAAUUCGCGAAAGGGAGAGGAUCUGAUCACGGCGACAGGAUGCCACCCUCUCGAGAUUCCCACGGAAGAUAAAGAUGGAGAGAUGGGCACCCGGCACGACCACACUGAUAUGACCCGCAUGGGCAAGGCCCAGGAAUUCAAGAGGAAUCUCCGACCGCUGGCUGCUCUCAGUUUUGCAUCGGUCCUCCAGGCCACCUGGGAAUUUAUCCUCAUAUCGAAUACACAAGGCCUUGAGAAUGGGGGAAUGGCCGGGUUGGUCUGGACCUAUGUGUGGACCUUUGUUGGUUUUGGCUUCAUCAUCGUUUCGCUGUCGGAAAUGGCAUCCAUGGCUCCCACGUCUGGAGGACAAUACCACUGGGUUUCAGAGUUUGCCUCCCCACGCUACCAAAAGUUCUUGAGCUAUUUGACCGGGUGGAUGUCUGUGCUGGCAUGGCAGGCGGGUGCAGCAUCUGGAUCCUUCCUCACCGGCACUAUCAUCCAGGGCCUGAUCAGCGUACACAAUCCGAAAUACGAACCCACAAGAUGGCAAGGUACGCUCUUUGUCUUUGCCAUGAUCUUAGUGAUCUACUUCUUCAAUGUCUAUGCAGCGAGCUGGAUGCCCCGGAUCCAGAAUGUACUGCUCACUCUGCAUACCCUCUGUUGGGUGAUUGUAGUUGUCGUUCUCUGGGCCAUGGCCCCUCGCCAAUCUGCCAGGGCUGUGUUUACAGAGAUCAAGACAUAUAGUGGGUGGCAUAAUGCGGGGCUGGCACUCAUGAUUGGACAAAUCUCCGCCAUCUAUGGGUCGCUUAGCUCUGAUGCCACGGCCCACAUGUCCGAGGAGGUCCGCGAUGCCGGUCGUUAUGUGCCUCUAGCCAUCGUUGGUGGAUAUUUCAGCAAUGGAAUCCUGGCGCUCAUCACUGUAAUCACCCUGAUGUUUGCCAUGCCAUCGGUCGAGGAUGCAUUGAAUGAUCCAACAGGCUUUCCAUUCAUUUACGUGUUCAAACAGGCCGUCUCCACAGCGGGCGUCAAUGGGUUGACGGCCAUCAUACUUAUCCCGGUCAUCUUCAGCAACAUCCUUUUCAAUGCCUCGACGGCCCGUCAGACGUAUGCCUUCGCUCGAGACAAGGGAUUGCCCUUUGCAAGUUGGAUCUCGCAUGUGAACCAGAGCUACAAGCUACCGGUCAAUGCCAUCGCACUGUCGUGUAUCAUCAGCGGCCUUCUUUCUCUCAUCAAUAUCGGCUCCGACACGGCAUUCAAUGCGAUCAUAUCGCUGAACGUUGCAGCCCUCAUGUGGACCUAUGCAAUUUCAAUCAGCUGUGUGAUGUAUCGCAAGAUCUACCUUCCCGAUACACUACCGCACCGCCGCUGGAGUCUAGGCCGACAUGGUCUAUGGGUGAAUGCCACCGGUCUGGUGUAUGUUCUCUUUGCGCUAUUCUGGUCAUUCUGGCCCCCGGAGAUCCCGGUCACCUUAAAGAACUUCAACUGGAGCGUUGUCCUGUUUAUCGGAGUGUUUCUGAUCAGCGUUGCAAUGUACAUAUUUCAGGGAAGGUGGGUUUACAAAGGGCCUGUUGUGGAUGUCAAACGGUUGUGAAUCGUCUUUGUCCCUUGGAGCGAUCACUUUGAGCAUCUUCUCGGCGCAGACACUCUGUUGACUAUUUUCGG